AUGUCUCACCAACAGCCAACGUACCUCAUAACAGGCGCGACAGGCUCGCUUGGCGGCGCAAUACUGACACAUCUCCUUACGACCCAGUCCAUCCCCGCUUCACAGAAACGCGAGCGACAGCAUCGCAAUGUCGUAGAAGCGGUCGUCGAGGCAGCCGUGGGUCAUACAUUCUAUGCCAGUCUGGCGAUUGGUGGAGCCGGAGAGAGUAAGACAGCGGUCAUGGCGGCGCAUUUGAUGACGGAGAGAAUGUUGAAGGAAUCAGGCGCAAUGUUUACAUCCGUCCGUGAAGGCGUAUAUGCGAACUGUUUUCCGGUAUUUCUGAAUUGGUAUCCCACUAAUCGCGCUCAGAGGCUACGUCUGCCUGCGGACGGAAAGAUUGCGUGGGCUGUUAUCGAUGAGUUGGGGGAGGCUACGGCGAAGUUGAUGGUUGAAGGCGGAAGAGAGAAGGAGACUGUGAGUCCCCGAAUGGUCCUUCUUUCAGGGGCUAAGGCUAACUCCUUCUCGGAGCUUGUCGAGGCAAUCAAUUCCGCAUCUGGGAGAUCUGUCUCCAUGGAAAUUGUUUCGACGGAAGAGUAUAUCUCGUUGAAUUCCUCAAACGACGAAGGCGAGAAACCGAUAGACUUCUUUCGCCAUUGGAGUGCGGUGUAUGACGAGUUGGCAACAGGAGGCGCCGCAGAAACGUCGACACUUUUGGCUCAGUUGCUUGGUCGAGAGCCGAAGAGUGGCGUGGAGUGGAUCAUUGAGACGCUCCGGAAUGAUCCUGAGUAUACCUGGCAUCAACAAUAUAUGAAUCGAGGGCCUACAAGGACUUAA